AUGGAGAUGCGAAUCGAUGGAGAGAAGCGAAUGGCAGCAAGCAAGAAGGAAGUGAGCAGGGAUGGCGGCGGUCGGCGGACGGACGCGUGCGCUGCGCCUUUGAGCGUCGACGCCGAACUCGAAUCGAGCAGGGAUGGCGGGGGUCGGCGGAGAGGAUUUUCUGGUCUCUGGGAUUUGUUGGACGAGAAGCCGAGAAGGGACUGUGGCGGAGAGGUUUCUAGACAAUGA